AAGAGCGAUGACGGGGGGCGUGGAUACCGGGGCGGGCAAGAAAGCGACUGGGUGUCUCGUCUAGGAGAGGACCUCGUGGCCUUCAACAUGGGAGACGAAACGGAAGGGGGUAACUGGAAAGGGAGCGCCAAGGACCCGGAGGUGUGGUGCAACAAGGUCGAGGACGGGGCGGCAUGGCUCAUGAGGAAAUGGCACAGGCAGGAGGCGGAAGCGUCCGCGAAGCGCCAGCGCGCGAGAGAAGCAGAAGCAGAGAGUAGGGCCAUCUCAGGACCGAAGAGAAAGACAGUCGGGGAAGCGGCGGGCGGCCGAGGCAGCACUUGUGGCGAACUAUGUACCCGGCUGAUGUUGUUGCNUAACUGGAAAGGGAGCGCCAAGGACCCGGAGGUGUGGUGCAACAAGGUCGAGGACGGGGCGGCAUGGCUCAUGAGGAAAUGGCACAGGCAGGAGGCGGAAGCGUCCGCGAAGCGCCAGCGCGCGAGAGAAGCAGAAGCAGAGAGUAGGGCCAUCUCAGGACCGAAGAGAAAGACAGUCGGGGAAGCGGCGGUGUGGGGGAAGAAACGGCGACCGGGCACUGCUGUAGAAGCGAGUAGGGCGGCCGAGGCAGCACUUGUGGCGAACUAUGUACCCGGCUGAUGUUGUUGCGCCCUUUUUCCCUCCCUGCUGUAUGCUAUUCUCCUUUAUGUAUGUCCUUUGUAUUGCCUUCGGCCUCUGUGCUGUGUUUCUUUUUUUCAUGACCUCCUUGCCUACUCUGCUGUGUUGGGUAUCUUGAUCUCGCUUUUGCUGUUGCCUUUGUUUUUGUACGUCUGGCUGUCUGCCCGUCUGCCGCCUCUUUGUCCUGCUUGCUCCGUUACUCCCAUGCCCUGGUGCGUAGUGCUUGGUGCUGGUACGUUACCCUUUGAUUUUUCUUAAGGCCGGUGUGGGAAGCGUCCUCCUUUAUUUUUGUUUUUGUUUUAUUUUGGUCAGUUUCCGAGGGCUCUUUUCUCGAACGGUCGGUGCGAUACCUGUUGUUUUCUUUCUAUCAUUUUUUUUUCUUU